AUGUGGGAAUCUUCGUUCCUCCCUUGGGCCAUCCUCUUCGCCCUCCUCUGCAUGUUUCCAGUCACCGCGCUCUCGUCCUCGUCGGUGUACGGCCUCUUGUACGACUGGGGUCUUCUGGGUGCGUAUCCGCAGCAAACAUACAAAUCUUGCGCGCGGACGGCGCCACGUUUGAAUUUCGUGCGCUGGGACGACGCACAGUGCGGGCGCGACGCCGGGUCUGCUACGUGCCUCUCACCCCGCGGACACAUGGUGUCCAGUCCCGGCCCUUUGAUCAUGGACUCGCGCGGCGAACUGGUUUGGGCGGAGGACAAGUAUGGACAAGCCAUGGACUUCAAAGUCCAGUGCUAUCGUGGACAGAACUACUUGACGUUCUGGACUGAGUCGGAUUCCGGCACGUUCGGUCGGGGCUCGUAUGUGAUGCUUGAUUCGUCGUAUCGGGUGUAUAAGAGGGUGACUCCCGCCAAUGGCCUGGAUGGCGACUUGCACGAAUUCCAAAUCACGCGUCGUGGCACGGCGUUGAUGACGGUGUACGAGCCGACACCGGCGAACCUUUCGGCCUUUGGCAUCGGCGCGCAAGGCUGGAUCUAUGACAGUGUCUUCCAGGAGGUCGACAUUGAGACGGGGGAGCUGAUUUUCGAAUGGCGAGCUUCACAACACUAUGAUGGUCUAUCCAAGAACGCGAAGUAUGGUCGGGGCAUGGUCAUUUCGCUGGAGCUGGAGCAGAUGACAGCCAAGCUUAUCCAGGAAUACGUGCAUCCCGACCAGAGGCUCGUGGGGAGCCAAGGGUCGAUCCAGCUGGUCCCUGACUUGGACCACGCGCUCGUCGGUUGGGGCCAUGUGCCCGCGUAUACCGAAUUUGACGCGCAGGGAAACGUCCUUUGUGAUGUGCGCAUUGCGCCAUCAAUUGUCUGGAGUCUCGGAUGGGUAAAAUCGUACCGCGCAUUUCGCGCUUCUUCGUGGGUUGGGAAACCCUCGGCGCCGCCGGACGUGUACCUUCGACCGAACGACAGGAGGGUUCAUGUGGAUGCCUGGGUCCUCCAAGGCCACGCAGAGACGGGGAGAGGUGUAAAUUCAUCCCAAGAGGACUCGUACCGCAACUUGUCGCAUAUCAAGAAAGAAAAGUUCGAGACCUCAUUCAUAAUCACAGAUGACAUGCCAAGGUACCUCCGCGUGGCGGCAUUGGAUCGGGUGGCCCACACCCUAGGCUAUACAGCAGUCGUUGACCGAAGGAUCGGGAACGCGCCCUUACCAGACGCAAGGUCUCGGAUAGUGGUCAUCUCGAUCUGUGCCGUAACCGCGCUGUGCCUGAGCUGGUAUCUGUGGAGGAUCCGAACACGCAUUCCUCGCGGAGAGUAG